GACUUUGUUUGGUUGCAAACAACUGACGAGAGUUCCAUAGUCGUAGUGGUGCUAGCUUGAUGUAGCACGUCUUGCAUUUUAUACAGUCUCUUAUGUGACAUAAUUUCGGUGUGUUUAUGCCAUAAUAUAUCUCUGAAAACAUCUCUAUGGAUGAUCAUUUUUUGCUAUUAUAGUCAAUUUAGUAACGUCAUACAACUAGAGAGACAACAUGAAGAGUUUUAGUUACUAUUACAAAGUGUCAAUGACAACACGAAUAAAAGUGUUUCAUUUUAUUUUGGCAAUAAUGUUGUUUUCAUUUGUACUUGGAAUUGUUCAUAAUUAUAAUUUCAUGAACAUAGUAAAAAAACGACAAUCGGUAAAUGAAUUUGAGAGAAUCGAUUGGCAUGACUGGACACUAAUUGAAGAGGAAAAAGCACGUAAUGGACUUGGUGAACAUGGAGAUCCGGCGUAUCUCUCUUCUUAUCCCUCUUACUCGCAAGAUAUCAAUGACACUUUCGGGUACAAUGGUUAUUUAAGCGAUAAAAUUGCAUUAAAUCGGUCUUUGAAGGAUUUGAGACCACCCGCGUGCAUUACACAGAAGUACUUGGCUGUGUUGCCCAGCGUUAGUGUGAUAAUAAUUUUCCAUAAUGAGCACUUGAAUACUCUACUGCGAACAUGUUACAGCGUUUGGAAACGAUCACCAAAUUCACUGUUAGAAGAAAUUAUUUUGGUUGACGAUGCUAGUACAAUGGCCGGAUUUAGUAAAGAUUUAAAUGAAUACGUUGAAAGAAAUAUGCCAAUAAUAAAGGUCGUAAGACUCAAUAAACGGAGUGGAUUAAUGAAAGCACGCACAUUUGGUGCAAAAGUCGCAAAGGGUGAAAUAUUAGUGUUUCUUGAUGCGCAUUGUGAAGCAUACCAUAAUUGGUUGCCACCAUUAUUGGACGCAAUGGAAAAUGAUUAUAGAACGGUGGUGUGUCCAACCAUCGAUUUUGUCUCGAGUGACACAUUUGAACAAUAUCGCCGAAGUUUUCAAAGUGUGUGGGCCGGUCGUGGUGUAUUUAAUUGGAAUUUUGACUACAAACUGUUGCCGUUGUUGCCAACAAGCGAAAAUUAUCCCUCAAAACCAUUUGAAAAUCCCGUUAUGGCCGGUGGUUUGUUUGCAAUACACAACAAAUUUUUUUGGGAGCUUGGUGCAUAUGAUAGCGGACUCGAUACGUACGGAGGUGAACAAUAUGAAUUAAGCUUCAAAAUUUGGCAAUGUCACGGCAAAAUGCUUGAAACAGCAUGUUCACGGAUAGCGCACAUCUACCGUUCCCGGAAAAAGAACGUUAAUACACAUUUGCAUUAUGAUUUUAUUCAUAGAAACUACAAAAGAGUCGCAGAGGUAUGGAUGGAUGAAUACAAAUAUCAUAUUUAUAAUCGACGUCCAGUUGAAUAUUUAAAUGUUGAUGUUGGUGAUAUUAGUGAACAGAAAGCACUACGUAAACGGCUUGAAUGCAAAUCAUUUAAAUGGUAUAUGGAAAACAUUGCAUUUGAUUUGUUGCAUCAUUUUCCAAUCAAUGAACCAAGCUUUGCAUAUGGUGGAAUCAAGAACUUGGGAGUAAAUUUAUGUAUUGAUACAUUGGGCAAAAAUUGGCGAGCACCACUUGGUUUGUAUGCAUGUGCGCAAAAUAUUUCCUUUCCACACCCAGAACAAUCAUUUAGUUUGACACUGGACUACAAUAUCCGCUUACGCUUCGAGAAAUACUGUUGGUCGAUACAUGAUACAGAAACGAUUUGGCUUGAGCCAUGCCACCAAGGUAUGACAUCCAAAGGUUACAUUUGGCGAUACGAUUUGGAACAUAAAUGGAUAAUUAAUAAAGAGAAAGGAUUUUGUCUUGACAUUAUUGAUAAUAAACAAUUAGUUUUAAGUAAAUGUAAUCCAAUUAAUCCAAAUUUAAAGUGGGAAUUUGGAAAUAUAAAUCGUACCGCAUAUGAAAAUAUUCAUAAGUAUAACUGGAACGACGACACCGAAUAUAUAUUAUUUUAAUUGUUCAGAUACCAUAAAAAUAUUUUCUUAAGUAUGUAGAAUGAUUGAAAUGGGGUUAUCUGUUCUAUAUUUACCUGAAAUCGUUUCGCGUGACGCAAAUAAAACCAUCUGUACAAAUUUCAUCUGAGUUACUUAACCUUUACAAAUA